CAAAUCCGUGUGCUCAGUGCUCACUGCCACUCCAAUCGCUAACCGCACCAUUCGUGGCAACAAAACGCGCCGUAUCUCAGCCUGUCUCCGUCCAGGAGCAGUGUGCACAUGAUGAAGCACACCAAACCACCGCUAAUUAAUACUCCCUCCGUUUCUUUUUAUUUGUCGCUGGAUAGUUCAAUUUUACACUAUCCAGCGACAAAUAAAAAGAAACGGAGGGAGUAAUUACUUAAUCCUCGCUCUAAUCGCCGACAUGAUCACUAUCCACAGCUAUACAAGCCUCCGGAACAUUUGAGACCACCAAUCCGAGCCCCACCAUUACUCCCCAAAUCCCAUAACAAUUCCCUCAGCCCCUGGCACCAACCCGGCCGGCGACCAGCAGAGCUUGCUUACCCAAGAAACGCGCGCCACGACGGACGACGCCCUGCUUCUGCUCUGCCUUCUUGGCAUACGGUACCUCACCUGGUAGCUGGCAACCAAUCAAUGAGCGUCAUGUCCGCGGUGGAUGGGUCGCCGGGGACUCCGCCGCCACCGGGCCACCGUGGGUGCUGCGCCUCCGGCGCGACGCUGGAGCUGGUGGGCGCGUUCACGGCGGUGUGCCUGGUGCUGUACGGCGUGAUCCUGUACAUGAACUACCUCUACGUGCGGUGGAGCGGCCGCGACGGCGUGCACCGGACGGACUCCGGCGCAGGCGGGCUGCCCGCACGGAAGCGGGCCGGCGGCGGGAUCGACAAGGCGGCGCUGGCUGCCAUGCCGGUGGUCAGGUUCAAGGCGGACGCUCACUGCGGCGGCGACUCUCCUGUGGAGUGCGCGGUGUGCCUGAGCGCCAUGCAGGACGGGGACGCGGUGCGCGCGCUGCCCGGAUGCCGGCACGCGUUCCACGUCACCUGCGUCGACGCCUGGCUCUGCGCACGCGCCACCUGCCCCGUCUGCCGCGCGCGCCCCGCGCUCCCGCCGCCGCAGCAGGCGCCCAAGGCCGGCGCCAUGGUGGCGGGGUCCUCCGGCCGGCACCCGGACCUGGAGAGCCAAGUGUAGCAGCACCCCACCCCUCGCGCGCCAGGGCGAACUGCGAAGGUAGGUAGCCAGCGCCCGUAGCUGUUGCUUUCUGCUCCAAAACUGCAGCGUUCUUGGAGUGAGUGAAUGGUUAGAUAGACACCUCGCAAGUACAUAAUUUCCCUUUCGAUUGGGACCGGAUAAGGACAAUGUCUGUACUGUAUCAUGGCAUGUAAUUCCGCUUGUGCAUUGUGUGACAUGAUGGCAUUGAAAACCUUCUCUGCAUGAUACUGCCGAUUCCCAUUUUACAACAGUUUUUUAUUUUUAUUUUUGGAAGAUCCUGCAGCAUUUUGCAUAGCGAUGGAACUUGUUUCUCAGCUCAGUUUCUGUGUCAAGCUCUCUUGUGAAAAAGAACUGUAUGCAUGGCAAGCUCUUUUAUGACUUGCUGUA